UCUGACAAACUCUAUAAAAAGCCACAGGUGCAGCAUGGCUUGUGAGAAAACUUCUACUGCUAUUCCUCUAAGGACACACCUCCCCAUACACGUACACCUUCGCUGCUGGUGCAGAGAGCGUGUAGCCAGAAGAAAGGCUCCCCAUCCACCCCCACAGCUUUUCUGGAGUCCUGUGCCCUUCUCCUCCACCAGAAAGACUCCGGACCUCCCGGAAUGUUUCCGUCUGUCCAGAAGCGUGUCCGUGAAUAUUUGGCAGCCCGGCGGAUCCAUAGAACACGUCUGGUGACCAAGGAUGGCCGCUGCAACAUCGAAUUUGGCAAUGUGCUGUACAGCAACCACUUUGCCCUCCUGGUGGACUUCUGGACCACAUUCGUGGAGAUCCGCUGGCGUUACGUGCUGCUAAUCUUCACCGCUUCCUUCGCUGGAAGCUGGUUCCUCUUCAGCCUACUCUGGUACUGGAUCGCCAAGAGCAACGGGGACCUCCAGUGGCAGCACCCACCAAAAAACCACACCCGCUGCGUGGACAACAUCCAUGGGCUAACCAGCGCAUUCCUCUACUCCCUGGAGACACAAACGACCAUUGGCUAUGGUGGACGAGCCUUAACAGAGCACUGCGGAGGUGCUAUUACCCUGCUCAUAGUCCAGUCCAUCCUCGGAGCUGUUAUCAACUGCUUCCUGUGUGGAGUCAUCCUGGCUAAGAUCUCCCUUCCUAAGAAGAGGGCCAAGACCAUCACAUUCAGCGAUAUGGCUGUCAUCUGCCCCAAGCGGGACGGCCUGUGCCUGCGGAUCCGGGUGGCUAACCUCCGCAAGACCCUUCUGAUCGGGAGCCAGAUCUAUGGCAAGAUGCUGAGGACCACGGUCACACCAGAUGGUGAGACCAUCAUCAUGGACCAGGUCAACAUUGACUUUGUAGUGGAUGCUGGUAAGGACAACCUGUUCUUUGUCUGCCCACUCACACUCACCCAUGUCAUCGACAAGACCAGCCCUUUCUUUGAGAUGGCUGUGGACACGCUCCACAAGCAGGAGUUUGAACUGGUGGUCUUCCUAGAUGGCACUGCCGAAUCCACCAGCUCCUCCUGCCAGGUGCGCACUUCUUUCAUCCCCCAAGAGAUACAGUGGGGCUACAACUUCUUGCCCAUAAUCUCCCGCACCAAGGAGGGAAAGUACCGGGUGGACUUCUCCAACUUCUCCAAGACGGUGCCUGUGGCGACUGCUCACUGUGCCUACUGUUUCCACAAUGAAAAAGGCCACCACCACCACCACCAGAACCCAGGUGUAGAAAAUCAAGGCUUUGAGGUGAUCGACAUAAAUGACCAGUAGGAUGGCACCAAGAUGUGAGCUACACUUCAAGUCCUGGGCCGUGAGACAGAGAUUAGUUUGUCUUGGGUAGGGCAGACCAAAUCUGUCCAAGACGCCUUAGACCAUGAGGUGCUCUGGAACUUGUACAGCCCUCUUUCCCCAAGAACAAUUAAAAGCUCUCAGGCCGGGGCUAAAGGGACAUAGAGUGCCAUCUGUGGGACACUGGAGAGUCUUCCAAAGUGGACCGUGUCAGGAAGAGGACAUAGGGUACAAAGCGCUGCUACAUUCACUGCUUACAAUUAAUGUAGGAUUAGUGAGCUGUGUCCACUGCCUAUGUUUUUAAAUCAGAUUAAGGUAACAGGCAAUAUUAUUUCACCGCCUGCAAGUGAAGGGAGAGGGGAGGGGGAGGGAGAGAAGAUUUGGGAAGCAGGAAAAAAAGUUCAGAAAUGACAUCACCGGUAAGACCCCUUCUUGGAAUUGUUCUGCAUUUUUAAUGGAACAAUUAUUCACUAUAGGCCAUGAAACAUCACAGAGAAAGGUGGUGCAAUUUUGCACCCAUUUUAAUAAAGCUAAAUGCUCGUGAGUGAGUGAAAAACGGACAACUGGACCUAAACAUUGGCUUAUUGAAUGUUUUUAUACUGUGAAACAGAGGACAGUGUGGGGAUG